AGGGAUUCACAUCGAAAGACGUGUUGUCAGUUUUAGGUUGUUUUUUUUUUUACAUAAAAUGGCCCGCAACCAGGGCUAUUAUAAUUAUUUGGCUCGCUUUGUGACCCUAAUGAUAACACAUUUUUCAGUUGCACUUCCGGCUGAUCCAUGCCAAGAUGGCAACCAUAAUAUUCUUUCGGAUUUACCAAAACGAAAUCCUAGUUUUGCACAGGACUCCGUUCCAAUAUGUGAUCGUUACUUGAUGGAAGGUUGGUACAGAGCACCAUAUCAUGAAAUGGUAACUACAGAACCUAGCAUAGGCUAUUGUGGAACUCUUUAUCCGUAUUGGCUUAAGGGGGCAUUUCCUGUGGUUGGAUCUACUGAAUGGAAAGAAUCAUGUCAAGUUGGAUUUUCUUCAAAUUGUCAACAAAGUCACUCUAUAAACAUUAAGAACUGUGGAAAUUUCAACGUAUAUUAUCUUAAGCCUUUACCAUCAUGUAACAUGGCCUACUGCUUUGAGAAAAAACAAAACUGCAUUGAAGAGACUCCAACAAGUUCUAACGUAUCUUUUUACAACGUGGUAUAUUCUGAAAAAGAAUUUGGAAAUUUUGUACAAUAUGACCCAAUUGUAAACGUAAUAUGCACAUUUGAGCCACUGAAAGACCAGGACGUGUUUUACUAUAUAGACUGGUAUGCAGAUUCAAAAAUUAUUUUGUCUGGACAAACUGUCGAUUCUUCAUCACUAAACGAGGCAGUGCUCUCAACUGCACGUCUCAGAGAUCAAGGUGUUAAAAUAGGGUGUCACAUACAGUGUGUAAUUGGAGCCAUACCAUAUGUAACAGACGUGCCAUGUAACACGACUGCUAGUCCUCUAUUCUUUGCUGGUAUAGAGGUAUUAACGCCUACCUUAUCAAUAGAAAGGAAAGGAAGCGGAACAGUUAAAAUACGACCAACAAUUCCAUUUGCAACAGAGACGCUCUAUGAUAAAAAUAAUGAUGAAUAUCAUGCCUCAACGCAAGAUAUAUCGGUGUCUUUUCCAAGUGAAAUAUCAGCAAAGUGCCAAACAGCUGGUAGCUCAAAUCGCUGCAAAAUUACCCUAGAAAAAAUAACAUAUGAUAAAAGACAUAUAUUUGCUGACAAAUCUUGGUAUAAAACAUACGAAUUGACAAUUCAGAACACAGAUAAUAUAGGUUUCAACAACGAUGUCAGACGAAUUGUUUUGAGGAUGAAAACUGGAGGGGGUGGAGCUAAUGCUGCAGAAAUUUUCAAUGAUGUGACACUGCCUGAUAUUCAUGUGAGUAAAAGGUCACACUUGGCGUUUUUAUGUAUAGUCAGCGAUUAAAAUUUCACAGUUUGGUGUCUUUUCAGUAAAGUAUUAAUUUUACUUCAAAUUUCUCGAUAGAGAAUAUGGUGACAAGUCAUACACAUGUAAUACAAGGAGUAAUUUACUUACUCAAACACAUCGACAUUUUUUUUCGCAAUAUCGUAUACAAAAUCAGUCAGUGUAUGUAGGAUCUCUCAUUGUUUUUGGAUGUGUGCUUUUUAUCCAACAAACCGUUUUUCCUGUAUACCUUAACUUUUAAUGAUGGAGGAAAAAUAUGAAAUGUGUUAAAAAUAUGAAAUGUGCUGAAACAAAUCAAACAAAAAAUGUUUUAAAAAAUCAAUCACAUUUUAGAAACUUUUUUUUAAAUAAUUACGUCGAAUUUUAAAU